AUGGCCAGUUUAGUUGCUAUCCUAGAUGUCAAGGGAAAGUCCCUCAUCCAACGAUCUUACCGAGACGAUGUCCCUCCGUCCUACAUUGAAAGAUUCUUGCCCUUGGUACUGGAGAUGGAAGAGGAGAACGUGCAGGUGACGCCUUGCUUCUCGGACGAAGGAAUCAAUUAUAUGCAUAUCAGGCAUAACAAUCUGUACCUACUUGCCCUCUCGAAACGAAAUUCAAAUGCGGCCGAGAUCAUCUUCUUCCUCCAUCGAUUAUGUUCAGUCCUGACAGAAUACUUCAAAGAGCUCGAAGAGGAAUCAAUCAGGGACAAUUUUGUGAUCAUAUACGAGCUGUUAGAUGAGAUGAUGGAUUUUGGAUUCCCUCAAACGACCGAAUCUAAGAUAUUGCAGGAGUAUAUCACCCAAGAAUCACAUAAACUCGAAGUACAAGCUAGACCUCCUAUGGCUGUGACCAAUGCUGUUUCGUGGAGAUCUGAGGGAAUCAGGUAUAGGAAGAACGAGGUGUUUUUGGACGUUGUGGAGAGUAUCAAUCUUUUGGUCAAUGCAUCCGGGAACGUCAUACGAUCGGAGAUCCUUGGUGCAGUCAAGAUGAAGUGUUACCUCACAGGAAUGCCCGAAUUGAGAUUAGGUCUAAAUGACAAGGUCAUGUUUGAAGCUACAGGACGAGGUGCCCGAGGGAAAUCGUUCGAGAUGGAGGACGUCAAAUUCCAUCAAUGUGUACGACUUUCUCGAUUUGAGAACGAUCGAACUAUAUCUUUCAUACCACCUGACGGCGAAUUUGAAUUGAUGUCCUAUCGGCUCUCUACACCUGUCAAACCCUUGGUCUACGUAGAAGCUAGUGUGGAGAAUCAUAGAGGCUCAAGAGUAGAAUACAUGGUGAAGGUCAGAGGCCAAUUCAAGAGAAAGAGUACAGCCAACAACGUGGAGAUUUUUGUCCCCGUCCCAGAUGAUGCUGACAGUCCCAAAUUCAGAACAUCGGUGGGAUCGGUCGUGUAUGCUCCAGAGAAAUCAGCAUUUGUCUGGAAAAUCAAACAGUUAGGUGGUGGAAGGGACUAUAUGAUGAGAGCACACUUUGGUCUCCCUAGUGUUCGAAAUGACGAAAUCGAUAAGCGAGCGCCUAUCUCAGUCAAUUUUGAGAUUCCCUACUUUACUGUCUCAGGUAUACAGGUCAGAUAUCUCAAAAUCGUAGAGAAAUCAGGUUAUCAGGCUCAUCCCUGGGUCAGAUAUAUUGCCAAAAACGGAGACGAUUACGUCCUUCGAACGAUUACCGACGCCAAAUCCUCCUCUAUUAUCGCUCCUCUUUGA